AUGGCGGACCCAGGGUUUGUCAAGCCAGGUGAUCAGCACCUUGUUGCAAUCAAGAGGCCCGUCUACCAAAGCCACUUGCACCCGGAUUUGGGAGAAAUUUCUGUCAUUUGCACAGCUGCAUGGAUUCCUGCCUUUACAAGCUCAGCUGGGAAAUCUUGUGGAAAGCCUCUAUUAGUAGAUACCACGGGAUCUCGCAUUGUUGGAGGUCAUGAUGCCAUUCCAGGAGCGUGGCCAUGGCAGGCAAGCCUGCAGUAUUUCCUCUUAGACUAUGACUAUGAUCAUUGGUGUGGCGGAUCUCUAAUUGACAGCAGAUGGGUGAUCACCGCUGCUCACUGUUUUAUACAAAAAAGGAAUCCUAAAUUAUGGAGAGUGGUUUUUGGAAUACGUAGUAUCUCAGAUACAUCCAUAUCAGGAACAAUAUCAGCUGUUACUGGAAUAUAUGUUCAUGAAAACUUCGAUAAUCGAACAUUGGAUAAUGAUAUUGCAUUGAUACAUCUAGCAAGUUCUAUAAAAUAUACGGACUAUAUCCAGCCAAUCUGCUUGGCAACAGAGGAACUGGCUGUGGACAAUUCAACAUCAUGCUUUAUCACUGGCUGGGGUGAUACUGCAGAAGGUGAAAUGUCAAAUAUUUUGCAGGAAGCACAAGUAAAGAUUAUUCCCAGUUCCAUUUGCAACAGGCAAGAAUGGUACAAUGGUACUAUAAGUGAUAAUAUGAUUUGUGCAGGAUAUGAAUUUGGAGGAAUUGACAGUUGCCAGGGAGACAGUGGUGGACCAUUUGUAUGUUAUAUUGCAGCAAGAGGCAGAUUCUAUCAGUUAGGUAUUACCAGCUUUGGACAAGGAUGUGCAGAAUCUCGUCAUCCUGGGGUCUAUAUUAAAGUGGAGAAUUAUGGAUACUGGAUGGUCGCACAGAUGGCAAAUGUCAGAAACAACGCAGAUGGCAUUAUUAAUGACAACAUUUCAGACAAAGCUAAUGGCAUCAUACUGUACCUAAUAAGUAUGAUCAAUAUACUGACCUGGCUGAAUAACGUUGUGUAA